CGCAGGGCCCGUCCCGCUCCGUUGCUGCCGCAGCAGCGCGACCUGCGGAGUGGACCGGCACGGCUGGGUCAGCGGCAGCUCUCCCCGGCAGCUGCCGGGCCCGGCCACCGUGCUGUACCCAGCGGGAGGGCAGUGGGCGCUCGUAGGUCUCUAUUUGGCUCGGGAGGGAGCGAGAGAGCGAGACACCUCCUUCCACCGAAAAGGGAGAUCGCAGUGAUUGAUCUGAAACCGUUCUGGCAAAAACUCGGAUUGCUUGAAUUCAUUCAACUACAAUAUAAAAUACACUGCACGGGAUAUAAAAAUGACAAAAAACUGGAUCACAUUUUUGCUGCUGUUCUUCUUAUCAGUUACUAUGUUUUUUGCCACUGCUGUACCAUCUGAAGGGCAUCAGAAUAUGACAGAGGACUUCACUCAGCUAAGUGUUACACGGAAUAAAAUCAUGACAGCACAGUAUGAGUGCUACCAGAAAAUUAUGCAAGAUCCUAUUCAUAAGAAAGAAGGUCCCUACUGUAACAGGACAUGGGAUGGCUGGUUAUGCUGGAGUGAUGUUGCUGCUGGAACUGUGUCAGUACAGCGUUGUCCUGACUACUUUCAGGAUUUCAACCCAUCAGAAAAAGUUACGAAGAUCUGUGAUCCAAGCGGGAAUUGGUUUAGACACCCAGAAAGCAACAGGACGUGGACAAACUAUACCCAGUGUAAUAUCUAUACACAUGAAAAAGUGAAGACUGCUCUGAAUUUGUAUUACUUGGCCAUCAUCGGACAUGGUCUUUCCAUUACAUCACUUCUGAUUUCUCUUGGCAUUUUCUUUUAUUUUAAGAGCUUGAGUUGCCAAAGGAUUACUCUGCAUAAAAAUCUAUUUUUCUCUUUUGUUUGCAACUCUGUUGUAACAAUAAUUUCACUGACUGCAGUUGCCAACAAUCAGGAGUUAGUUGCAACUAAUCCAGUUAGUUGCAAAGUAUCACAGUUCAUCUACCUGUACCUAAUGGGUUGCAACUACUUUUGGAUGCUGUGUGAAGGCAUUUACCUGCAUACUCUCAUCGUGGUGGCUGUUUUUGCUGAGAAACAACACUUGAUGUGGUAUUACCUUCUUGGUUGGGGUUUCCCACUGAUCCCUGCCUGCAUACAUGCAGUUGCUAGAAGUUUAUAUUAUAAUGACAACUGUUGGAUCAGCUCUGAUACUCAUCUGCUGUACAUUAUCCAUGGCCCUAUUUGUGCUGCUCUCUUGGUGAAUCUUUUCUUCCUGCUAAAUAUUGUUCGUGUUCUUAUAACCAAGCUGAAAGACACCCACAAGGCAGAAUCCAACCUGUAUAUGAAAGCAGUGAGAGCUACCUUGAUUCUUGUUCCACUCCUUGGCAUUGAAUUUGUGUUGUUUCCAUGGCGACCAGAAGGCCGGAUCGCUGAGGAGGUGUAUGACUAUGUGAUGCACAUCCUUAUGCACUACCAGGGUCUGCUGGUGGCUACAAUUUUCUGCUUCUUUAAUGGAGAGGUCCAAGCCGUUUUGAGAAGACAUUGGAAUCAGUAUAAAAUCCAGUUUGAGCACAGCUUCAGCCACUCGGAUGCCAUGCGCACUGCUUCCUACACCGUCUCCUCAAUCAGCGACGUGCAAGGCUACAGCUACAGUCACGACUGCACCAGUGAACACUUAAAUGGGAAAGGCUACCAUGACAUGGAAAGUGUUGUUUUAAAAACUGAAAAGCUGUAUGGUUGACUGCUGAAGGCACAGCAUAUGCCACUGCACUCUCCCUCAUGAACUCCAAGUGUGAUUUAAUAACUUCAUGGCCAGGAGAUUUUACCUAACUUGGGGCAUGUAAUUCUCCCAAAUGAUGCAAACUAACCCAACACAAUUUUCAUAUGUAUGUAUAUAACUGCAUAUAUACAAAUAUUUGUGUUUCUGUGUAUCUAUAUAGUAUGGACAUGUGUACAUAUAUGUAUAUGUAUGUGCAUUUAUAUAAGGAUGCAGACUUUGCCUCUUCAGUUUCUACUGUGUAGAUGAGGUUGACAAUUUUUUGUACAAAGGGAAUCAAUGAAGGAUUUCUUAUUUUUUCUGCAAGUUUGUAUAAGACUGUGUUGCAUUGAAACCACUUCAUUUGCCUAUGGAAUCUUAGAGUGUAAAUACCAUAGUACUGUAUUGUCUUAACGCAAGCUAAAACAGAACAAAGGAAAAUGGUUGAAGUAAGUGUAAUAAUAACAAUAAGUUAUCCAGGUUAAUUUUGUGUCCAGUAUUUGACUCUCAAAAAAGCCCAACAGGUAGUCUGAGAUAACAGCCUCCAAGAUAGUGGUGGUUUGGUCUGGCCAGUUUGGUUUUUCCACCUUUUUAAAAUCAAGCAUAAAGACAAGAGGGCAAGUCUGAGACUCUGCUUACUUCUGUACUGCAGUGUAAGUCUUACUACAAAUCACAAAAGUAAAAGUUUUAUUGGUUUAUUUUGUAAGCAAGUCUACUUCAAGUGGGGAAAAAACAAAACUAAGUAAAAGAAAAGUAGAUGCUGGAGUUGAUAGACUGUUGUGCUAAUUCAUGUAUAUCUGGGGCAUGAUAGCCAGUCAAAAAAAAAAAAAUGAAACACGGUUCUUUGAGAGCACUUCAGUUUUAAAUAAGCAAUUUUGUGUAUAAACAACUUGAAUUCAACAUAUAAACAUUUUUGUCAGUAGCUUUUCUGUAAGCGUCAUUAGCAUCUAGUUAAUUUACUGUCACACAGUGUUUAUUGGUUUGUGAGUUCAUAAGGCUUUGAAAUACUCUGCAUUUAGAAAGAAAACUUUAGGAGGAAAACUUUAGGUGCAAGUUCACACCACUUGCACCUUUCUGUAGUUUUUUACAGUUCUUAUGUCUGGAUUUUGAAUUUAGAAAGUGUGUUAUUAAUUAUUUAGUUUCAUAAUAUAGAAUCUCAGGAUGCACAAAUCAAUACUUCUUUUCUUCUACAAGGCUGUCUGGUUGAUUGAUGGAAAUGAUCUGAAAAUCAGUUGGAUUCUGUACUUUACAUAGUAUGCAAUCUGGCAAUCAGAUGUCACAAUCCCUUUGAUUGUAAGAGUACAGUAACAGUGUCUGCCAAAACACCAGAGGUUACUUAAAACUCUGCCUGCUGAUCUUUGUAGUGUUACUUAAAAUCUGCACAAUGUUCUCAAAAUACUAGUGGUGCAGAAAGAUCCCUGCUCUGGUAUAGCAUCUUUACACUUGGGAGGACCUGAUCAUCAACUGGUAUAAAGUUUUCUUGAGUUCCAUUUUCAGAAUCGAUGAGUACCAGCUGAGAAUCCAAGCCCAGGCAGAUAUCUAUCAAUUUAAAAGUCCUUUAUGGUAUAUUAUCAGACAGUUAUUUCAAUGGUACCUGGUAGGUUGCUGUAAUUAAAACAUACAUGACAGUUUAGAGUGUGAUACAAUAUUCAGUUUUUAAUUAAGCUUCCUUUUUCAGCUAGGCAGUUCAAAUAUACAUUUUUAUCAUUUACUGCAAAGUACUAGUUGCCAAUUGUUGCCUGCCCUCUGUUAGAGAAUCUUAUAAUAAUUUAGGGUUGAAAGUGUUUUUCCACAGAAAUCAUCCUACCUGUAGGUGGACAAUCAGAGCAUGCUUCUAGACACACACACACACACACACAUCCAGCUGGAUGUGCAAGAAACUCUGGCUGUGGAGGGUUACCUGACAUGAGAGAGUUGCGUUUCCCUUCCCCAUGAGGUUAACUAACCUAUUUCCUAUUUGGGAUGGGAAAAUAUAAAUUCCCUAUUUUAUCUUCCUACCUCACCUGUUUCAAUUCCUACACAACUAAGAGAAGAGUCUACUGCUUAAAAUAUUUUUCUGUCACAAUAAAUUAAAAUCUUUAUGCCAAUUUUUCAUGGCUUAUUACCUUCUUCACAGAAUGUUGUAGUCGUCAUUAUUUUCUAGGAUGGAAAUAAAUUCUAUUUGAGUGAAGCUCUGAGAUUCCUUUGAACAUGUAAAGACUUUUUUGUUAUUAUUUGCUCCUUUUUUGUUUUGUUAUUUAGUGGGGAUUUAUUGUAUCAAUCUACAGGGGCUACAGAAACACUUUCCUUGUAUUUGGUAUCUGUAAUACCAGCAUGUUAGUAUUCUGUGAGAGGGACUGUCUGUUCUUAAUGCUACUGUCUUCAAUUAAUAAGUCAUACCAUUUCAGGGUCCCCUCUGUUGUUUGUUUAUUGUUAGCAUUUGUUGAAUUUUUUCAUUGUGAUGAUCUACUACAGUAUUUGGCUGUAGAAGUGCUGCAACAUAUAUUCCUUUUCAUGUCAUAAAACAUUUGGGCUGGAAACCAGGCUACAUUCAAGUAUUGUACUAUGUAAAUAAGAUUAAUAGAAGCUAUAGCAUUGUAUUUAUUGCUUACAUUAAGAAUGACAUGGGAAAAAAUGUGAAGUUAUUUUUUUGGUUGUGCUUUAUUUUCAGUUUGUUCAUAAGAAUCAUCUUGCAUUUUAAUUGCUGAAACAAGUAUUAUGUUUUUGAUCAAUAAAAUAUUACUACAUUUAUUCGGA